AUGGCAUGCGUGCUCCUCCUCUGCCGAGUUGCGCCGUCCUCCCACCGGCUCGCGAGAGCGUGCGUCUGCCUGCUCUCCCUCUCCGUCACCUACCUGUGUUACUGCCUGCUGCUUUACUCCGACUACAGCGCGCAAAAGUCAGGUGAUGUGACCCGCAGCUGCCUGCGCGUCUCGGCGGACGGCGGCAGGAGGCGCCUGCACAAGUCUCCCUCCUGCGCGCCGUCCGUGGAUGCCGGAGGCAGGAGGAGCGGCGCGUCUCGGACGCCUCCUCCUCCUCCGCAUCCCGCCCGGAGUAACACGCAGCUUCCCUGGAUGGCCAACGGGAAAUUCGGGAAUAAAAAGUUGCCGAACGCAAUCAUAGUGGGUGUGAAAAAGGGCGGCACGCGGGCCGUUUUGGAGUUCAUAAGAAUCCACCCGGACGUGCGCGCGGUUGGCACGGAGACGCACUUUUUCGACCGAAACUAUGACAGGGGUCUGGACUGGUACAGAGGCUUGAUGCCAAGGACCCUGGACAGCCAGAUCACCAUGGAGAAGACACCGAGCUACUUUGUGACGCGGGAAACGCCUCACCGCAUCGCUACCAUGUCUUGGGAAACCAAGCUCAUAGUGGUGGUCCGAGACCCCGUCACCCGCGCCAUAUCAGACUACACCCAGACUUUAUCCAAGACCCCUGACCUGCCCAGUUUCCAGGAGCUGGCCUUCAGGAACCAGACCUUGGGCCUGGUGGACACAUCCUGGAACGCCAUCCGGAUCGGCCUUUACGCCCUGCACCUGGAAAACUGGCUGCGCUACUUCCCCCUAGCUCAGAUCCACUUUGUCAGCGGAGAGCGGCUAAUUACUGACCCAGCGGGGGAGCUGGCGCGCAUGCAGGACUUCCUAGGGCUGAAACGCAUCGUCACCGACAAGCACUUCUACUUCAACCGGACCAAAGGCUUCCCCUGCCUCAAGAAGCCCGAGAGCAGCGGCUCGCCGCGCUGCCUGGGCAAAUCCAAGGGGAGAACUCAUGUGCAGAUCGACCGAGACGCCAUCGAGCAGCUGCGAGACUUCUACAGACCUCACAAUGUCAAAUUUUACGAGAUGGUGGGCCAUGAUUUUAGGUGGGACUGA